UUAUAAAUAACGAAUCAUUUUCUUUUUUUUGUCAAACUGUCAGUUUUUUUGAAAUGCGUUAAACUCCUUCCCAUUUCAAUAAAUUAAAAAUAUUUUUUUCUUCUUAUUGUACUAGUAGUAUCAUUAGAAAAAAAAAUAGACAAAAUGUUAUCAAUAUACGACUUACUCGUAUUCUUCUUUAGUGUGAUCUUGGACCAAUUUUUUAGAGAAAUUAAAUCACGAGGAUCUCAUAAAAUUCCUACGGAGGGUCCUGUGAUUUUUGUUGCUGCACCUCAUGCGAAUCAGUUUGUUGAUCCACUAGUUUUGAUGAGGAAUGCUAAUCGUAGAAUUUCAUUUUUAAUCGCCGAGAAAUCCAUGAAGCGUAAAUAUGUAGGAUCAAUGGCUCGUGCGUCUAAUGCGAUUCCCGUAGCGAGACCACAAGAUUUAGCUAAGCAGGGAAUAGGAAAAAUUUGUUUAAAUGAUAGAAUAAACGAACCUUUACGUAUUACAGGGAUCGGAACCGAAUUCACAAAGCAAUUAGAAGUUGGUUCUCAAAUUGCACUUCCUAAUGAUCGUGGUUCAUCUGAAGUUGUUAGUAUAAUUUCAGAUACCGAAUUAGUAAUCAAAAAAGAAUUUAAAGAUUUGAAAGCUCUAGAAAUGUUGACUAAACCUGAAGGAACUCCAUUUAAAUGUUUGCCUCAUGUUGAUCAAAGUCAGGUUUAUGAUGCCGUCUUCAAGACAUUAAAUGCAGGAAAUUGUAUUGGAAUAUUUCCUGAAGGUGGGAGUCAUGAUAGAACAGAAAUUUUACCAUUGAAAGCUGGUGUCACAAUUAUGGCUCUUGGUGCAAUGGCUGCAAACCCAAAUUUAGAUGUUAAAAUAGUACCAUGCGGUCUAAAUUAUUUUCAUGCUCAUUCUUUCCGUUCACGAGCUGUUGUUGAAUUCGGUUCGCCUAUUUCAAUACCAAAUGAUCUUGUUGAAAAGUAUCGUAAAGGUGGAACUGAAAAGAGAGAAGCAUGUGGAAAAUUAUUAGAUUGUAUUUACACGGCAUUAAGAUCUGUUACAGUGAAUACACCAGAUUACGAAACUUUGAUGGCUAUACAAGCUGCACGACGUUUAUAUCGACCUGAACAUCAUAAGCUUGAAUUAUCAGAUGUUAUUGAAUUGAAUCGUCGUUUUGUUGAGGGUUAUAUGAAAUUUAAGGAUGAUUCACGUGUACAAGAAAUGAAUAACAAAAUAAUGAUCUAUAAUCAAUUAUUAAUAUAUCAUGGAUUAAGGGAUCAUCAAGUUAACAGAACGGGACUUGGAAAAGGAAGGGCUUUCGCUUUAUUUGUAUACAGACUUCUUCUUUUAACAGUAUGGGUUGUAAUUGGCUCACCUGGCUUUAUAAUGAAUAUUCCAUUAAUUAUGAUAACUCGCGUCAUAUCAGCAAAGAAGCAAAAAGAGGCUUUAAAGGCAUCUACUGUUAAAAUAGCUGGUCGUGACGUAUUAGCAACUUGGAAACUUCUUGUUGCUUUAGUUGUCACCCCUAUAUUAUAUGGGUUCUAUACAUUUAUAACAUUAUGGUUAAUCUACAAAUAUGAUUUGGAAAGAUUACAAUUUGGUUGGUGGACUCCUAUAAUUGUAUACCUAAUGUUCUAUUUAGUUAGCAACUUUACAAUGCAUUUAGCUGAUUCUGGAUUCGAUGUAUACAGGUCACUUCGCCCACUUUUCUUAUCACUCUUGCCAUGGUCACAAUCAUCUAUUCAAAAUCUUCGUGCAGCACGUGAACAACUUUCUCAUGACCUUACAAAUCUUAUCAAUGAACUCGGACCUAGAAUGUACCCAAAUUUUGGUAAUUCGCGUAUUGUAAAAGAAUUUAGGGAUCGAUCACCUUCUCCAUCAAGACCAUCAUCAUCACUACGAUUAUUCCCACUAAGUGAUUGGCUUGAUGAUAAAGUUUUUGAUUGGUCAAGAGCAGAUGAUUCUGAUUAUGAUGAUGUAUUCUUUUUCCUUGAUCAACAGAAUAAAAAUGUAGUAGGAAAGAGCAGAGGUUCAUCAGGACGUAAUAGUUCUGUAACUCGUAGCAGAGCAAAUUCUACUGGAUCAUGUGAUGGGUAUAAUAGUAGUAAUUUAGCAUUCACAGAGGUGAAUAAAAGACCUGCCUCGGUAUCAUCAGUACCUAAAGUACCUAAAGUUCAAGUAAAUGAUUUUGAUGAAGAUCCAGGAUAUCAUGGAGAUAAAGAGAUUGAAUCUAAAAAAAGUGUAUAAAGUUAAAUGAAGAAAGGGGGACGUAUUAGUAGAUUAGUAAUAGUAUUUACACAGUCUAAAAUUGAAAUUAAAGUGUUUUAAUCAAUAAUCUUAAAAAUUAGGAGAUGCAUAUUAAAGAGAAAAAUAAAACUUUCGCAAUUUAUCUCACAAUACUUAGAUAUUAUUAUGUAUUAGCGUUUUUUUCUAUAGAUACUUAUAAUUGUGCAAAGCAACGAGAUUUUUAAUUUGAAAUAUAAUAAAUACAUUCGUUUAAAAGUAAGAAAAUGCGUGUAAAUUUUAGUUGAAACAUUAGAGACAAUGACAUGCUUAAAAUAACAUCUUCAAUAGAUAGAUUGAUAAUAGUAAUUCUCGCGUAAA